AUGGCGGACUCGAGAAGACCACACAGGGAAGGCGAUUCCAGGGCAGCUUCAAGCCAUGGUAACCGUCCUCCUCCCAUCUCACGUAAAUCGUCGCUGGCAGGAGACGCCGGCAUGACUUCCAUGCUUCCUCCGGGAAGCACUGGUCGUCGACCAUCCACAAUGCAUGGUGAUGCGGGAGUCCAAGGACGUCGCCCGUCUUCACAACCAGGAACACUUCCACAUGACUCUGCAACUACCAAUACUAAGCGCACAACCGCCGUAGGAGAUCCAAUUCCCCAGACAACGUCUUUACCAGCACCGGGUGACCCGAUAGCAUCGCCGAACCGAUCGGCCGUAGGAACUGCCAUCUCAAACUCUCGGGAGCACUUGAUAGCAAAGACGUCUAGUAAGCAGUCAAAUAUGAAUCUGAUGCUGGACGAUAACUUCUUCUAUGACAAGUUGGCGUUCAAGCCAAGUGAUGUUUCGGCGAAACAGAUGGAUGCAGCAAGCUUGUCCUUAUUUUAUUCCUUUGGCUUCGAGUCGCAUCGUCGAAAUAACUUACACUACUUGAAUGAACACACUGUCGCCACCGUUGUUGGCAAUGUUCUAGUGUUCCUGAACUUGCGCACGUUGGACCAGGACUACAUGCCUGGCUUGCGGGAUGGUGCGAUUGGGUCAAUAGCGGUCCAUCCUUCUCACCGCUACAUUGCUGUUGCCGAAAUAUCCUACGAAUCUCCCAACAUCUACAUCUUCGAGUAUCCCUCCCUUCAACUCUAUCGAGUCCUUCGCCAGGGUGCCGAGCGUGGCUUUUCUGACAUUUGCUUCAACAAUCAAGGCGACAAACUUGCAAGUGUUGGAAUGGACCCGGACUACAUGCUCACUCUCUGGGAUUGGAAACAAGAAAAGAUUGUUUUGAGAAGCAAGGCAUUUUCGCAGGAUGUAUAUAGUGUUGCGUUCUCUCCCGACACGGAUGGCCAGCUCACAACAUCUGGAAUGGGUCACAUAAAGUUUUGGCGAAUGGCAAGCACAUUCACCGGGCUCAAGCUGCAAGGAUACAUUGGCAAAUUUGGCUUAACUGAACUCACCGAUAUCGCAACAUUUGUUCAACUCCCUGACGGCAAAGUCCUUUCCAGCACUGAAACAGGCAAUUUGCUUUUGUGGGACGGAGGAAUGAUCAAGUGCGAGAUUGCGGGCAAAGGCAAAAAACCUUGUCAUCAGGGCCGAGUUGAGGUGAUUCUGCUGGUGGAGGGAGAGAUCUUCACUGCGGGGGAGGACGGCUAUAUUCGGGUUUGGGAUUUUGAAACAAUCGAUACGGCGGACGUAGUCACGGGCCAGGCGCGAGUAUUUGAAAUGGAACCUAUUGACGAAAUCUUGAUAGGAAAAGACGUUAAGAUCAAAACAAUGAUUAAAUCAAUGGGGGCGACGACGGAAUAUCUCGUGCAAGAUCAAUUGGGGCAUUUGUUCAAAGUGGAUACUCAAAAAAGGUCUGCUGAGAAAAUCGUGUCAUUUCACUCGGGAGGUAUAGCGGGCGUAGAUACAAGUCCACUUGGGCACUCCAUGGUCAGUCUCGGGAUGGACGGUACCUUGCGAACAUACGACUACAUUACCAAAACCCUGGCUGGGAUGACAAAAUAUCCAAGUGGCGGUACAGCUUUGGUAUAUCUUCCCGAGACUUUAGAUGCGCGAGGCUGCACAUUGGCGGCAGGAUUCUCAGAUGGAGUCUUACGAAUCAUCUCCCAUACACCACUGAACGUUGGUGGGGGUAACAUUGCCUUCGACCUUCAGUAUGUUUUCAAACCUCAUAAUGGUUCUAUAUCUUCGAUUGGCAUCUCCGCCGACGGAACUUGGCUCGCAAGUACAUCAACCGACAAAACUGUUUUCUUUUUUAAAAUCAAUUCUGAAAUGCCUCCCAUGGUCAAUGAAGAGCAGCCCCCGGUCAUCUUUUCUCCAAAAUUCGUGAAACUUAUACCGAUCGGAUUCCUGCCAGUGGCAGCCGUUCCCACCAAACUCUCGUUUUCUCCGGACAACCAUCUGAAUAUAGACGAGAUUGAGCCUGUGGAAGACGACGGUUUUAAUGACCAUGAGAUCAAGGGAGAUGGGGACGUGAGGGACGAGGAAAUUGAAGGAAAGCGGGCUUUUAUGAUAUUGGAAACUGGCGAGCUUUUAUCUAUGAUCGUUCCCCUGCCAGAAUCCGUUGACAAUAGUUUGACAUUCGAGCUGAAGCCUGAGCAACUGCAAAUCAAACGAUGGACACUGAGUGUACCUACUGCAGCUCCAACUCCUGCUGCAACUGCUGCCGCCCAGGAAGCUCGAGCGAGUGGUGGCAUAGAUGCAGACCAGGAUGCCUCAGCAGAAGCCAAAACAGUGGAGUCACCUGAAGAACCCGAAAGUAUCAGUGGAAGACUAACGUCCGCCGCGCGCAAAAAACAUGGUUUGGUCAUUGAGGACGAAUCUCCCAUCACAAAUGUGAUGUAUCUCGAAGGCGGAUACUUUCUGAUAGCUCUCCAAAACAAAGACGGAGAGUACGAAAUACGGGCGUGCAAAUAUAGAACACCCAAGCAAAGCAGGUUGGUCCUGGUCUACAAGGCACCAUUUACGGACAUGCGUCUGUCAACUUCCGGGAAGUACCUCCUUGCGGGUGCAACAGAUGGGAUGACGUGCAUACGCAAGUUCCGCCUGGAGGAUAUCCUUCUGUAUCGAUGGACUGGGGGACACGAAGUAUAUGCACGAUAUUCGCAAGCCUUUGAUGAAGAAGAAGCCAGUGCAGCCGCGCGACGUGCAACAGAGCAAGCAGCUAUAGUCGAAGAACCUGACUCUACAGACGAUUUAACCCGAACAGUAGAUGUACCCGGCCAAUAUUGGUUCGGUCAUGCACAUAAUAGCAAGAACGGGAGAAUUACCAGUGUGGCCGCCACCUUUGAUGAUGCGUUCUUUGCGACUGCAGGAGCAGAUGGCGGCUUAUUCGUGUGGAGAGUUAGCAUGGAAGAUAUCAAGAGCAGCGAAGCCUAUGAAGGUUCCGAAUUGCUCGAGAUCGAUCAAGGGAACAUGAUAGAUGACAUCGUUGACUCCAACGCCUAUUCCCUGCAAGAAGCCAAAGUCAAAUCCGAAAAAGAUAAAGAAAUCGAGGACGCAGAGAACAAGAAGCAGGUGACGAGAGACGACAUCCAAGAACUACGCAACGAGUUCUUGAAACUAGUGGCAGAAAACGAAAAGGCCCCUCCCGAGCAACAAAUAGCACGCACGGCUUUGACGAUAGAUCCCGAUCUUCAAGCCGACAUAGAGCGCGAAUCCGAAGAGAAAAUCCGUCUAGUCCGCAAGGAACUCGAAUGGAUCUCUGAGAAAGAAUCUAUCAUCCCAAACAAAUUACGCAAAACUUUCUUGGACGUUCUUCAGACUGAGCGUAUUGAGAUACGGGCAUUCAAGGCAAACCACAUUGUCGCUACAUUCCGUACAACCAAGCUAGAGCAAUCCGUUGAGGUUGCGCUUCAACCCCUUUCGAGCGGUGACGGUCGACCUUCUAGGACUGUGGGAUAUGCGAGGGAGCAUUCUGCCGGUCAAGCCCAUAGAGGCGACAUACCCGAGACAGUCUCACACGAAUCUAUGAAUCCGUCCAAAAAAGCCGAAAAGCCCACGGAUGCUAAAAGCAAGCUAGAAGCCCGCAAACAACUCCGGGCGGAGCGUGCUAGUAUGUGGAAGGAGCUUAUGGACGCCAAGCCUGACGAGAGUUACGAAGACCCUCGAGACGUAGCAGCAAUCCGAUAUGCUGAGCAGCAUAUGGGGGAUUACAAACUUAAGACUGGAGAAAAAUACAUCGUACCGGAGAGUGAGAGAGUUGAUGCUGAUAAGAAGCGGAGACAGAUUUUAUUGCUCAAAGAGAGCGUAUUCUCGUUGAAAGAGCAUUUCAAUCAAAAAGUUUUGAACCUUCGGGACCGUAAAAAGUUUCUGGUCGAGCAAGUUGAUAUUCAAAAUCGUCAGCUUGAAGAAAUCAACACAGAACUGGUUACUCUUGGAGUACCUAUCGAGGACAAGUUGUGGACUCCCACAAUGGAGGCAUCCGCUUACCCAGAAAACCGAUAUAAAGUAACAGCAGCGGAUAUUGCUCAAUUCCAAAAAGAAGACGCACAAGCUGUCAGCGCUGCAAGAGGAAACCAGGACGAUCUAAUGGGAGGUUUCGGUAGCUCUGCAGUUCAAACCAAAGAGGCAGCACCUACUGGUGCCGCAACCAUUGCAAAGAGUCGGCCCACGACCCAACAACACCCUCCUCUUUCUAGGGGAGCCAGUGCGAUUGGAAUGGGACUGCCACCAGAUUCCAGACCAGUUAGUGAGGCUCCUGCCCUUACCAGGACUGCUAGCGAUGCGGAGACUGCACAGCAGAAGUCACCUUUGGAAAUUAGGGAACAGGAGAUUAGACAGAAGGAGUUGGUAUACAAGAAGAAGAAAAUUGUUUCGGCAAUCGAUCAAGCAAUCAAGAGUUUUGACACCUCACUUGACAGACUGGUGAAAGAGAAGGUUGUCCUUGAAGCAGAUCUCAAAUCCGCGGACAUGAAGCUCCUCCUUCUGUACAGAGAAUGGGUACUCCUCAAAGAAUUCGAAAAGCACGAUCGACACUUGGCGGACAAAUUAACACAGAAGCGAAACGAAAAAGACGAGAUAGAUGGCAAGAUCAAGGAAUGUCAAGAGAAGCUUAACGCCAAAAAGUCUGAAAUCGAGCAGGUUAUCAAAAAAGAAAAAGAAGUCCAAGAAGAAUUCCGUAAGACUCUGGGAGAGAAUAAUCGGUAUGAGGAAUUCUUGACCAGAGUUUUCAGGAAGAAAAUUAAGCGAAGCAAGAAAAAGUCCAAACCAGAGGGAACGGCUUCCAAAGGAGAAGGCUCCAAUGAGGACGAGGAUGAAGUUGAGGAAGAAGAGGACAUGGAUGAAGAUGAAGACGACAUGGAUGACUAUGAUGAUGAAGAAUCAGUCACAUCCGAAAAUGAUUUGGAGGGCGGUGAAGAAUGCCCACCCGAUUACGAUAAGGCUUCAUUUGCCAGAGUGUUAGAGUUGAGAGAAGAAAGGCUUGACCAGGAAGAUAUUUUAGCAGAGAUACAAAAAGCUGUUGAGGUCCUCAAGAAGGAAAACGAUGCCCUUAUCAAAAAAGAGAAAAUUAUUGAUAUGGCCCUGCGCACCACAGAGAGCGAAAUUCAAGAGUUCCAAACACAAAAGCAGCAAAAACUAAACGAACUCGAUGUCGUGGUUCCUUUGCGCCUCCAUCAGAUGCAAUACCUGGAGCGCAAUACCCUGCCAACGGACUUGUCUCCAGCUCUGGUAUUUGUCAAUGAAGGGUUGUCUAAAUUACGGAACCGUAUCAAGGAGCUCCAGCAAGAAAAAGCGGAUAUCCGGAAACAGCACAAGGAAUUAAGGAAGAUGCACGUGAACCUCAUCAAAAGCCGAAAGGAAAAGCAACUGAAGCUGCAAGAGCUAGAAGCGCGGGCAACAGACGUCCAGAUGCUCAAAUUCGGUCAUAUCAUCGAUUUGGAAAAAUUGGAAAGAAUGGGCGUGAACAAAGGUGCAGAUGAAUUGCGCGAGAAGCUUGCUAAGGAAGACGCAAAGCGCUUAAAGGAAGUCGAGGAAUUGGAGGUGCAAUUGAACCGCCUAAAGGAAGAAAUUACUGAUGUUACAAGAGAGAACACAGUUCGGUUAGAGAGUCUUGUUGACCUGACCGACGCGCGACAGAAGCUUGAAGAGCAGCUCAAUACCAGCCAGCUCUCCGCGACGGCAGAAUACUCAGGUCCUCAACGAAAGGACGUGCAAGAACGGGAAAAAUUAGUAACUUUGGUGCAUACCCAAGCCCAAGAGAUCGAGGAUCUUAAACGGGAAAUUGAACUGCUUAUACGAAAACCCAUGCGACACCUUCCCCCGGUCCUUCGAAGUCGCCUACAGACCCAAUCGCAGGGACCCCCAGUACAAACCGGGGGGAUGGCUACUGGGGAGGGAAUCGUGUUCGGAGCCUUUGAUGCACAGAGUGUACCAAAUGCAGCAGAAGCAAUUUCACAGGAAUAAAUAUAUCCAUGAGUACAAGCCGCCAGCGCGGGCGCUGAGGCUAGGUAUUUUAUUUAAUAGUACUAGGACUGUUGGAUGCGUAACUAGUUAAUGGCUCUGUAUGUUCAGACUGCACCUCUUUUAAUCUGAUCUAUAUCAUCUAAUGUC